GUGCUCUCUUCGGGACGAUAGGAUAGUAUUUAAGAAAGGAUUUCUAUUCUUCUCUUUUUCUUUUCGAGUUCCCGCUCGCUUCUAGAGGCGUUUCCGUCUCGUCACAGCACGAUGUCGAAAGUAGCGAAAGUAGCAUUAUUUUCGAUUGUGUUCGCCUUCUUCAGCGCGGGGGACGCCGACGGUGCCACUAUCCUCGAAAGGCUGCGGAACAGAAUAUUUGCUCCGAAAAAGCAUCCACUAAUACUAGUGCCUGGCGACGGCGGGAGCCAACUCGAAGCCAAGCUGAACAAGACGGAGACGGUGCACUACUUUUGCGAGAGGAGAACCAAUGAUUACUUCGACCUCUGGGUCAACCUCGAGCUCAUGGUGCCCUACGUGCUCGACUGUUGGGUGGACAACAUGAGGUUGCUGUACGAUAAUAAGACGAGGACCACAAGAUCUCCGGACGGAGUGCACGUUCGGGUUCCUGGCUUUGGAAACACGAGCACCGUCGAGUGGCUGGACCCGAGCCAGGUGUCUCCCACGGCGUACUUCACAAGAAUUGUUGAAGAACUCGUAGCCCUAGGCUACCAACGUGGAAUUGACGUUCGCGGUGCUCCCUACGACUUCAGGAAAGCUCCAAAUGAAUUGGGUGACUACUUCAAGCAACUGCACGCGCUCAUAGAGGAUUCGUACACCAGCAACGACAACGCAUCUGUUAUCAUGGUAUGCCAUAGUAUGGGGUGCCCAAACCUGCGCUAUUUCUUCAGCCGUCAACCUCAACCAUGGAAAGACAAAUAUAUUCGGGCCAUGGUGACCCUCGGAGGUGCUUGGGGUGGCGCUGUCAAGGCGCUCAAGGCCUAUGCUUCGGGUGAGAAUCUGGGUGUGGUGGUGAUAAACCCGCUGUCGGUGCGACCCGAGCAACGGUCCACACCCAGCUUGGCCUACAUGCUGCCCAACCGGCUGUACUGGAACGAGUCCGAGGUUCUGGUGAAGACGCUCAAACGGAGUUACGGCCUGGCAGACUACGAGGCUUUCUUCAAGGACAUCGGCUUCACAGAUGGUUACGAAAUGUAUAAGGACACGAGGUCGUUUAUGCUCGACACCACGGCGCCAGGCGUCGAGAUCCAUUGUCUGCACGGCCGAAACGUCAGCACCAUUGAGAGGAUCGAGUACCACAAGCCUGGUUUUCCGGACAUUCAACCUGAGGUGGUGUUCGGCGACGGUGACGGCACCGUGAACAUUCGCAGCCUACGGGGCUGCUUGCGCUUCCAGAGCGGUCAGAGCCAACCCGUCUACGAGAAGACCCUCGACAACGUGGAACACAUGAGCAUACUCUACGACAAGGCCGCCAUCGACUACAUCAAGGCGCUCGCUUUGGGACCCUGAGGCAACCGAGUGGGGCCCCGACUCAAAGCAGCCAAAGGGGCUAUGCGAACCAGUGUUCGGCUGUACGUGCGCAGUGUGACCGCGUCACUGCAAUCUCUAAACCCAUUUUGGAAGCGAGAGGCCGCGCACUUAGUGUCCCCUGGCGUUUGCCGCGCGAUUUCGCUUCACUUCAUCAAAGCGCCGCCGUACGCUCUGAUGGUGCGCCACCUUCUCGCCUCACUGAAAGCUCGUUUUGUGAUCGACUGUUCCCGGCUAGGUUCCAAAUACACACGCGAUCGCUUCGCUCUCUCAUUUCCCUCGUUCUCCUUCCCCCUUUUAUAUUUUUGCUUCCCUCGUGCUCGGUCAUGUCUCGUGAAGGACAGCACUUUCGGCUACACCGUGGACUCUGUGGAGUGGCUCGCGCUCUGGUCAGCUUACGUACACGCGUGGAGCGUGGAACCGGGGCCAUUCGCGUGGACUUGUGGAAAACACUUGGAUACUUCUCGGAUGUGAAGGCGUACAAUGGCCAUGGCGUGUGCGGCGGGUUUUUCGUGCUGUAGCAGCUCGAUGAGUAAUUAGGGAUGUCGCAUCAGUUAUUUAUGUCAUACUAUGUCGAAAUGCGUGAAUUUCACCAAACUGCAUGACAGCAUGGGAAACCGUUCUGCACGAA